AUGGUUGCACGUUCACUCAACAAAACCUCAUCGCAACAAACCUUUAAAGCAUCAUCUGUGGAGAAGACCGAUGAUUUGGAAUAUGAUAUUGGUCAUUUAAUGUGUUUAGAUGUACAUCCGAUUGAAACUCCAUCACAAGAUCAACUUCUUAACAGUGCUAGAGACAAUGUACAAUUAUUAGUAAAUCGUCUUUUCCAAAUUGAAAAUAUUACACAUGAAGAAACAGGUCUUUAUGCCGAAUUACCUGACCCAGAGUUCCGUUUACCUAGAGGAAAACCAUGUCCAAAGAAACGAGAAAUGACCCGAUUUGAAAAAUACCAACAAGAAAAGGGUCUCCGUGUUAGAGGAAAGAAUGAAAGGGAUGCUUUGGUUUAUGAUGAAGUACAUGACGAAUUUAGACCUAGAUUUGGUUGGAAGAAGGCCAAUAAUGCUGCUGAAAAUGAUAUAAUUAUACCAGCUAAGGCAGGUGACGAGAAAUUCGAAGAUCCAUUCUUACAAAGACAAUUAGAAAAGAAGGAAAAGAAGAGACUACAACUUAAAAAUCAAGUCACAAAUAUCGGUAAAGGAGCUGCUAAGAAGGGUUCAAAUGAUGCUGAAAAGGAAAAUAGAGCUCUUGCUAUGAAAAACAAAUAUAAUCCAACUGCUCCAUCAUCUUUGAAGAUUUCUAACGUUAAUGGAGGUAAAAUUAAUCCAAAGCGAGCACAUCUUGGAAUGAAGGAUGAUUUUCUUAAUGCAUAUGAUUUUGCCAGAGUGAGUACAGCAAGUAUGGGUAAAUUUGAUACACAAGUUAAAGACGAAAAGUCAAUGCCUGUCAAGAAGGGUAUUUCACACUUGGUAGCUUCUGGAUCAAAAUCAAAGGAUGAAAAGACUAAGGCUAUGAAGAUCAGUAGUAGAAUUUUAAAGGAAAACUCCAAGAAAAAGACAGGUCAAUUAAAGACAAACGCCAUCAAUAUCUUCCAACAUUUGACAGAAAAAGAUACCAGAAAGACCAAGAAGGUACAUCUUAUGGCCCAAGCUAAAGGUCAUUACAAAGUCAAAGGAAGCAAGGCACCAAGAAAAGACUCUAAAGAUUUCCAAAUUGCAAAGAAGAAGAAAUAAUUAAAGAAUAUUUC